AUGAGUAAACAAAGUGCACAGCAAACACAGUAUGGAGGCAGAAAAACUGAUGACUAUUCAAAUAACUUAGAUGUUUAUAGUAAUAAUAUAUCUGAAAGUGAAUCAGAGAAUUGCAAUGACUAUAGUUCUAAUUAUGAAUCAGAUAAUGAAACAAAUACUAUUGAGUCUCCAAUAUUCCAACCCUCUAAAGUAGAAGAACUAAUGUCUAAUACAACAUAUUUCACAAAGCAAAUAAGCCUCACAUAUUCCAAAAGGCAAGAAAGAUUUGAUAAUAAAUUUAUACAAAAAGAUUUGCUAAAUAAAAUUUGUAAAAUUGCUUUUUCACCUGCCAGAAAUAUAUCAAAUAAUAAAGGUUCAUUGAAGAAUAUACAUCUGUGGGAUUAUCUCUUACCUAAUUAUGGAGUAAAAGAAAGAAUUAGUCUACUUGAUGCAUAUAAAAGAGAGGAGUUAGCAGAUAAAUUAGUUAUCCAGAUAGAACAGAAUAAAUAUAAAAAGUUUUCUGUUAUAGAUGAUAUAUCUGAAAUAUAUAGAGUUUCUGAAGUACAUAAAUGUAUUAAUGGACAAUGA